UGUUUCUGCAACGCUACAUCUCUCACUCUUUCCGAGAAAAUGACAGGAAGUGUAAUAGGAAGUGAAGCGUACUUGCCUCGUAUUGUGUGAUUGUCGCCUGCCUCUACAUUAAUUAUGAGCAAUAUUCUCAAGGCUUCUUAAACUCUACCAAAGGCUACUCUGAUGAACAGUGACGGACCAUGAAUGAACGUGUUUAAGAGAAGGAAGCGGAUACCACGAGCCCAAAGUCAUGCCGGUGUUGUUGUGAAGAAGUUUGUGUCUCUGUGUGUGUGAUCUUACGGCGCAAACAUGACAAAAGCAGCUCUGACUAAACUUCUGAUCCUCGUGAUCCUCGCCUUUAUCAUCUGCCUCCCAGAAUUCUUCUCAUUAUACAGAGUAUCGAAAGUGAACUUCCUCUGUCGGCGCUACCGACCCUGUGAGCGAGGGAACCAGGUGAAGAAGGGGGAGAAUGGGAAGAUCGGGGAUGCUGAAAUCCAGAGAAAGGAUAUGUGUGACCCUUCACAGACUGCAGAACGUGAGAAGUGGGAGCAGGAGUGCACGCAAGGGAAUCAGAUCAACAUGGCAGAUCCUGCUUCAGACUCCAGAAGAGGCAGCAAUGAUUCAGAAAAAAACUGGUUCAUGUGUCAAACAGAUAUGGACAUGGCAGGAUUAAAAAGCAACAUCUUAUCUUCAGCCACAGCUCUAAAGGUACAUCUGGAAGUGUCGGUAGAGCUUCAUCUCGGUAAUGAAGACACCCUGAAUCUCACCUUGUAUGGCCACAGCAAUUACAGCUCCUUAGACCUCCAUCCACCUGAGGAGCAGGAGGAAGAGGAGGAUAAGAAGAAGGGUGACGAAGGACAGAAGGCAUUUUAUUGCUGUCUCCCUGUCCUGCCCACCUCGGAGUCAGCCAAUCAAAGCCGCUGUCUCCUUUGGCUCGCCAAUCAAACAGUUUCGACUGCAGCAGCGAAGGAAAAGCUGCCAUGGAAACGGACACAGAAAGAUGAGUGGCGGUGUGUAUUCAGGGUUGUCUGGAUGGCUCUGCUGUGCGUGGUGCUCCUGACUAUAGUUACAACUGUGCUCGGUCAAAUCUACUUUGGGAAACGCUCAUGCAAAAAGCCCAUGGUGCAGCCUGUUUACAACUUCACUGUCCAGCAGUUAAACGUAGAUGGAGAGAAGCAUACAGAGCUCAUCACACCAAAAGGGACAGUCUUCAACUUCUAUCGGUCCGGGCCUUGGUCAGAACUGUCACCCAUUGAAGAAGCUGACUCUCAAGAGGACACAGAAACUCUUCUGGAUGAAACUGUCGACCACUGCUAUACUGGUAAACUCACCACUAGAACAAUCAUAAAAUCUGAAAGAGGCUACUUGGAAUGUGUACUUCUGUUUCCAUUGAGGAGCACAGUGGGGGGAAAAAAACUUUCCAGUGCUGGAAGAAGCACUCAGAUUUUUUUUCUAAAAAGACUAAAAUGAGUAAGAGUAGUCGUAGACGUAUACCACAGAGCAGAAAUACUCUGUCACAAGUAAAAGUCCUGCAUUCAGCUGCAGCCAAGCAAUACUCAGAUACACUAGAUCCAGAGUAAACUGGAACCAGAAGCUGCCA